AUGUCUUCAGAGGACAAAGAAGCUCAGGAGGAUGAGCUGCUGGCUUUGGCCAGCAUUUAUGACGAGGAGGAGUUUAAGAGAGCCGAGUCUGCCCAAGGAGGAGAAACAAGAAUUUGCCUGGAGUUGCCCCAAAACUUCAAAGUUUUUGUGAGUGGCAGUUCCACGGAGAGCCUCCAGGACAGGCACUUUGAGUACACCGUGUGCUUUCUGCCUCCCCUCGUGCUGAAUUUUGAACUCCCACCAGACUACCCCUCCACCUCCCCACCAGCGUUCACCCUCAGUGGGAAAUGGCUCUCCCCAGCCCAGCUCAGUGCUCUUUGCAAACACCUGGACAACGUGUGGGAAGAGAAUCGAGGCUGUGUGGUCUUAUUCGCCUGGAUGCAGUUUCUGAAGGAAGAAACCCUGAGUUACCUGAAUAUUUCCUCCCCAUAUGAGCUAAAAAUGUGCGGGCAGAGCAGGACUGCGGCCCCCGACGCCGAGAAGGCUGCUGGUGGUGCAGCAGGCUCUGCUGCAGCUGAGGAGGAGCUCGUCGAUGCCAGAGCCGUGCAGGACGUGGAAUCCUUGUCGAGUCUGAUCAGGGAAAUCUUGGACUUUGACCAGGCUCAGAGGAGGAAGUGCUUUAACAGUAAGCUGUACUUGUGCAAUAUCUGCUUCUGCGAGAAGCUGGGCAGUGAGUGUAUGUACUUCUCCGAGUGCAGCCACGUGUACUGCAGAGCCUGCCUGAAGGACUACUUUGAGAUCCAGAUCAGGGACGGGCAGGUCCGAUGCCUCAACUGCCCAGAGCCCAAGUGUUCCUCUGUUGCCACCCCCGGCCAGGUCAAAGAGCUGGUUGGGGAGCAGCUCUUCGCUCGCUACGACCGGCUGCUGCUGCAGUCCAGCCUGGACCUGAUGGCAGACGUGGUGUACUGCCCGCGGCCCCGCUGCCAGACGCCCGUGAUGCAGGAGCCGGGCUGCACCAUGGCCCUUUGCUCCUGCUGCAACUACGCCUUCUGCACCCUCUGCAGGAUGACCUACCACGGGGUCUCCCCCUGCAAGGUCACUGCUGAGAAACUAAUGGAUUUGCGAAAUGAGUAUUUAGAAGCAGAUGAGGCAACUAAAAGAUUUUUGGAGCAACGCUACGGCAAACGAGUGAUUCAGAAAGCCCUCGAGGAGAUGGAGAGCAAAGAGUGGCUGGAGAAGAACUCCAAGUCUUGUCCUUGCUGUGGGACUCACAUAGAGAAACUAGAUGGCUGCAACAAAAUGACAUGUACUGGCUGCAUGCAGUAUUUCUGCUGGAUUUGCAUGGGCUCCCUGUCCAGGGGGAACCCCUACAGGCACUUUGAUGACCCAUCUUCACCGUGCUUUAACAGAUUGUUUCAAGACAUGCAGAUUGAUGAUGAGUUUUGGGAAGGUGAUGAAGACUAG